CAAACACAAACUGUUUGGACUUUGCUUUGCGACUUUUUACAGCUACAAAAGACUUGAUUAGAUACAAUUUCCUGUCUCAUCAGAAAACAAUAAGAUGGCCAAUGAGGCUAAGCCAUGCCCCUGUGAUAUUGGGGAUCGGAUGGAGUAUGGAGGGCUCGGCCAGGAAGUCCAAAUAGAGCACACUAAAGCUUAUCUAGUAAAGCCAUCCAAUGCAUCUGAUAAGGCCAUCAUUGUCAUACAAGACAUAUAUGGGUGGCAGCUUCCCAACACCAGAUACAUGGCUGAUAUGCUGGCUGCCAAUGGAUACAUUGCUGUUUGUCCAGACUUCUAUGUCGGAAAGGAGCCAUGGAGUCCAUCACAUGACUGGUCCAAAUUUGAGGAGUGGCUUGAAAACAAAAAGCCAACCAACAUCAAUAAAGAAUUGGAUGCAGUGCUGAGGUUCCUGAAGGAGCAGUGCGGGGCCAAACACGUCGGAGCAGUUGGCUUCUGCUGGGGAGGGGUCGCCACACAUUACCUGGCCCUGCAGUACCCAGAGGUCAAAGCUGGAGUGUCAGUCUAUGGGAUUGUCCGCGAGAGGGAGGACAGGUAUGAGUUGAAGAGUCCUACUCUGUUCAUCUUUGGGGAGAAAGAUCAUGUUAUCCCUCUGGACCAGGUGAGUGUCCUUGAAGCAAAGCUGAAGGAAAAAUGCACGGUGGAUUACCAGGUCAAGAUCUUUCCCGGUCAGACUCAUGGGUUUGUCCAUCGCAAGAGAGAGGACAUCAACCCUGCUGAAAGACCAAGCAUUCAGGAGGCCAGAACAGACAUGCUGAAUUGGCUGAACAAGUAUAUGUAACUGAGGAGGUCAGACGAGCCAACACAACAGUCCGGGAUAUGUAAGACUGGAAAAGCAACUGGUGCCUUCAACCAUCUGGUUGUUGUUGCUCAAAUCUUUGAAAUUUUUUCAUAGGACUUAUUUUAUAAGUCUGGAUCUUUGGAUAUUAAGAAACUGUGAUUUCAAAACCAGUUAAAUAUGAAUUUAUGCUAUGGACCCAAAGCACUUUCUCAAACUUGAUGCAGUAUGUUGUCUUGUACGUGUAAGCCUGCAAGCAUUAGAUAACUUUUAUAGAACAUAGUAUGAUUACACUUCUUUAUCCGUCAUGCUUGCAAAUGUUUUGUUGAAAUUCUCACGUUCUGUAAGAUAUGAAAUGUAAUCAAACAUGGAAUACACUAAUAAAAAAAUCAAAUA